AUGAAAAAGGUCAAUUGGGAUGAAUUGAAUAGGUUUAUUAAAAAUGAUUGCUUGCAGAUCAUUUCAUAUGGUUUCAGUCCAUAUGAUUUUGCAGUCGAAAACUGGAAUAAUGGAACAAAUUCAAAUAUAAAUGUAGCUGAUCUUCUCCGUCAAACACGCCAGUUUGCAUUACAAAUUGCAGAUGAAUAUGCAGUCCCUCUUGAAGUUAACGCUAAAACAUAUACGAAAAAAACAGAACUACGUAAAGAAAUUGACGAUUUCUUAAGAGAAAAGAACAAAAUUAUUGAUAAGACACGUGCACGUUUUACAAUAGAUCCAGAAGAUCUCAGGACCAAAUGGCUCAAAACAAUUAAAUUAGAGAAAGAAAUUGAAUUGUUCGAAGAAAUCGAAAAUUUGAUCACUGUUUCUCCAAUUGUUUACUCAAAGAUCGAGCAAGGCAAGCAUGCAGAAGCAGUUAAUCACAUCAGACACGCAUUUACUACUUACGAAGAGCGAGGAUUCCAAAAGAUUGAAUCUCUUAAUUCAGUCAAAGAAAGUAUCGAUAAAGCACGUGCUGAUAUGGUUAAUCACGUUAAAAAUCAACUAUUCUCAUUACUUUUCGUUGCUCAAAAACCAAUCGGAGUUUCAUUUUUCAAACCACAAGCAGGAAUGGACUUAAAGGUAACUUACAUCGAUACAACCAAGGUCGAAGAAUAUACAGGCUUAUUGGUUAAUCUUAAUAUUCAAGAUGAGUUCGUAAAUCAGCUAACUGUCUCUGUACGCGACAGAUUGGCCCAUAUGAUGUCCGAAACAGCCGAUGCAGUCAAAGUAAAGAAAAUUCGCCAGUUCGUACAGAACAAAGAAGGCUUUGAAGAACUUUGCGACAUUGCAAACAGUUACAACUAUCACCAUCCACUUGUAAUGUUCCUAGACCAGCUGUUGUCGAAGAUGGGGGUGCUUUUGGUCCGUUGCAAGGCUUUCGACCAAACUUUUUCAGGAGAUAAUCUCGCAUUCUCUCGUUCCUACGAAGCAGUUGAUGAAUUACUACGAGACAUAGUCACUGCAUUUACAAGCGCUCAAGGAUCGAAGACAAUGAGCGCUGCAAACCAUCUUUCCUACAAAUUUUUGAUGUCAGAUGCGGCUCCAACGAACGGAACAGCUUCGGCGUUGAGGAAAGAGCUCGGCAUCAAACCAUGUUCGGCCAACUCCCUUCAUAUCUUCAUGAUGCUUGACGAUUUCAACAAAUUAAUCCAAGAUAAAUUCGGAGUUUCGAACCACGCAUUGACAAACAGAAUGACGAUCGACCUUGAUGUUCAGAAAAUUUUUACCGACCAAACAAAGCUCAUCAGCGACAGUAUCGAUGUUUCUAGACCGGUGAAGAUCGAAAUCCACCCAGUCCCUGUCUUGAUUUCGACUCCUCUCCUGCUAGAAAACAUCGACAAGUACUCGAAGAUCGCGGCCCGAUUCCCUUAUAUACAGACAAUGAUCAUAAAGAAUUUGAUUACAUUUUUGAAGGCAUUUAACCAAAGAUGUCUUACGGAAAUUGGUCGAGUAAAAUCCCUUGAAACACAAGACCAAAUCGUUUCCUCCAAACUCCUCAACAACGACAAAGAUUUGAUUCUUAAGUACGCGGCCCAGUACAUUACAAACGAAUUAGUAGUUAAAGACAACAUGGGAGACUACGAAGAUAAGAUUGACGAGAUAUCAAGGCUUGAAGAAACGAACGAAAACGAACAAAUCGAAAGAUACUUCCCGUUAUCAAUAGAAAACACUGUAAGAGAGAAAUUCUGUCUUCCAACAUGCGCUGCAACAGCAGAAUCAAUCGUUGUAAUCAGAAACAACCUUUUAAGUAUCAUCUCAAAAUAUAAGUACACAGAUGAGAACACAGCUGCUAUCAAAGCAUUCGCUGGUGACUUAGAUCAAACUUUGAUCAAGGCAAUGGUCUUCAUUAGGCUCGAAAUGAGGUGCAGAGCUUAUGCUGAAAUUGUUCAGCCUCUUUUGAACGGAAACUAUACUCCUUUGACUGCUCCCGUCCGUCCAGAGCAAUACGUAACAGAUUACGCUUCAACUCUCUCAUCUUCCUCAGAAAAUAUUAUUAAUUGCCUAACACCAGCCCGUUAUUCAUUUGUUUUCAUCGGACUUGCAAGGCUUGUCUAUAAUAUCCACAUUAAAUACGUUCCCCGCAUCAGAGAGAUCUCAGAUAAAGGUGCAGCUCAAUUGACAAUGAAUUUGUCCGCUUUGAACCAGUCAUUAUCAACUUUGCAGUAUCCAGAAACAGUUAUAUACAAGAAAGCUCUUGUUUUCAUAUCAAAUAUCUCUUAUUCGACAGACAGAAUUCUUAUGCAGAUUGCUCAACAGAAGGAUUUGUUCACUUACGAGGAAAUGGAACCAGUUUUCAACAUGCAGCAGAAGAUGAACGAAAGACACGCUGAAAACUUAGAGAAACUCAGACAACUCCUUCAAAAACACUAA